AUGGAGGUGGACCAAAGAACUACUGAUCCGAAGGAAGGGGUUCAAGAGGAGGUCCAAGAGAGUGCUGUGAAGCACUCUGCUGAAGCUUCUGAGAAACCUGCUGCUGAGGGUUUCUUAGCUGAUAUUGCAAGGGAGUUUGUGCACAAUCAGGCUCUUACUUUAGAGCUGAUUAAUUCCCUCCAAGACAAGUUGGAGGCAGCUGAGGAAGACAAGAAGAUCGCUGAAGAAGAGGCGAAGCUAGCUAGGCUGAGGCAGCUAGCAGCUGAGGAGAAUCAGCAGAACGCUGAAAAGUAUGAAAAGAAGGCUGCUGAGGCCAUUCAGACCUUCUGUCAAGCUAUGGAGAAGGAAAUUUUUCCCCCACUGUUAGAAGGGGAAAUAUUUCUCCGAGAGCAUGGGGUCGUAGACAUCCCCAACUUUAAGGCUGCCAUCGAGCGCCGAAUUAGGGAUGGAGCUGCUGAGCGCAUUGAAGAAGUGCAGCAAAGACUAGAGGCUUUGGAAGCUAACAUUAUGGCUGCUGAAGAAGCGCUCAGGGCCAGAGAUGCUCACCUCUCCGAGGUAAUUGCUGCUGCCGAGGCUCAGAACCUUAAGCUUCAAGAGCUUGAGAAUCAGCUGAAGGCAAAGGAGGACGAUCUGUCCAAGGACUCCUCCUCCAAGCUCACUGACGAGCUGAAGAAAUCCAAGAAAGGCUUGGAGGAGUCCCAGAAGAAGCUGGCUGAUGUUGAGGCCCUACUCAAGGUCCGUAUCUACACCCAAGAAGAAUAUGAGUUGGGUUAUAAGAAUGGGUUUAGAGUAUGCCGAAGAGUCUGCCUUCACGCCGAGCCUAACUUGGACUGGUCCAAGUGCGCUGCCUGGGUCCAGGAUCCCGAAGACCCCCACAUGAAGUAUCCAACUCCCGUCGAGGCCAAAAUUCUAGAGGCUGAAGAAGCCGAAGAAGAAUCCGAGAGGAGAGAGAUAGAGGCUGAGCAGAGGGAAAAAGAGGCUCAGCUAAGUGCCAAACCUGCCUCCUUUGCUGUCGGGGCUGAAACUACUGAGGGACCCAGCGCUGCUGAUCAGCUUGAUUCUCUGGCUGAAGCAUAG